AUGGAUGAAUAUCGAGAAUCUCAAAAGAAAAGAGUUCAAGAGGCAUUAGAUAUGGGUGAACUUGAAACUGGUAGAGGCUUGCAUCAAGAAUUUGGUCUUACUAGAGCUUGUGAUACUCGUUGGGGAUCCCACUACAAAUCUUUUAGUAACUUUAUUAUUAUGUUUGGUUCAAUUGUUGAUGUACUUAAUGAUAUUGUUGUUGAUUCACAUUGUCCAGAUGAAAGUGCCAAGGCAAUGGGAUUUCUCAGAGCAUGUCAAACAUUUGAUGUUGCAUUCAUAUUGCAUUUGAUGAGAGAUAUUUUAGCAAUCACAGAUGAGCUUAACAAAUGCUUACAGAAAAAAGAGCAAGAUAUUGUAAAUGCCAUGCUACUUGUUCAAGUAGCAAAGAAAAGGUUGCAAAAGUUCAGAGAGGAUGAAUGGGAGCUUUCUUAUCGUUUUGAUGAAGUAACGACUGAUUUGCUUCAUGGAAUUGCUUGUUUAAAUCCAAUUGACUCAUUUUCUAGUUUUGAUCUCAGGAAAAUAAUGAGAAUGGCUGAACAUUAUCCUGAUGACUUUGAUGAAUUUAGUAUGGGGGUUCUUGAGAAUCAACUUGCAAGUUACAUUAUUGAUGUUCGUGAUCUUGAUGAAAGGUUCUCCGAUCUAAAAGGACUUUGUGAUCUUUCAAAAAGAUUAGUUCAGACAAAGAAGCAUUCAAACUACCCUCAUGUAUUCCUCUUAGUGAAACUUGCCUUGCUCUUGCCAGUUGCCACUGCAUCCGUUGAAAGAACUUUUUCGGCAAUGAAGUUUAUCAAGAAUGACUUGCGGAGUCGAAUGAAUGAGAGUUAUUUUAGUGGUUGCUUGGUGCCUUAUGUAGAAAAAGAUGUGUUUAAUAGGAUCUCUAAUGAUGUUAUUAUAAAAAUAUUUCAAGGAAUGAAACCUCGUCGUGUACAGUUGUAG